GUAGUUUCGGUUAAAAAAAAUAUUAUUAUUAUUAGAUUCUACGAGUCCACAUAGCAGCAGUUUGUAUUUUUCUUCCGUUUUUCUGCCAUCUGUUCCCUCUAAAAUAUUCCCCCGGUGUAUUUUCCUGUUUACAUUUCGAUUAUUCUGUCACCUGUAGAAUAGUGAGAAGAGUUUUCGGUUCUGGAGAACGAGUUGCUUCAGACAAGCGCACUUGCACCGAAGAGUCCUGCCCCCUUCCCCCCUUUUUCUGUCCUCUCCCUCACUUACCCUUGAGUUUAUCGCAAUUUUCAGGUGGUGGCGUUGUUGCGGGCCUAAGAAUUUCCCAGGAUUUUGGUCUCUGGCAAAAUGGUGAAUGAAUCCAAAAGUCAACUUCCAUUUGCUGAAUCCGUGCGAAGUUUUUUGUCCAGAGAUAUGCUGUAAAUUGCAGCACCCAAUCAUGACUUAAUGUAGUCCCUAAGUCAAAGUGGCAUCGCGGUUUAGUUGCCGUUUUAGCGUUUUUGUUUGUUUGGAACUCUGUAGACCAAACAGAUAGAUACCGUUUUUCUCUCGAAGCACACCUGCUGCCUGCUUCUGUUGCAAAUCGCCAUGAGAUUCAACGAGAUUCAACUGUUGCAUCUUGCUGAAAAAGCAUUGCACGACAACUGCAAAAGGGGCUACCUGUUCAAGAGGACCUCGGACAAUAACAAGUGGCAAUUAAGAUGGUUUGUCCUGUACCAGAAUUUGCUGUUCUAUUAUGAAAAUGAUCAGUCCACCAGACCGGCGGGAGCGAUUUUCUUGGAAGGAUGCUAUUGUGAAAGAUUGAUCACCCCGGGUCCUGGAAAGUCGAGCGCUUCAACUCAGCACUGUUUUGUGAUCACGUAUCGCAAGGAGGGCUCCAAGCACUAUGAAAUGAAAGCUGAAACAGAAGCUGACUGUAUGAACUGGAUCCGAUCUAUAGACAGCGCAAGUUUCAGCAAGAUACUUCUGCAAAAGGAAGAACUGGAGCAGAAGCAUCUCCACUUGGUUCAGAUCGUGGAGAGCGAGAAGACCGCCAAGUGGCAAUACACUCAGCAGUGCGAGGAGCUCACCAUGGAGAUCAAGAAGCUGAGGGCCGAGCUUAAUGCUCUGAAACGAGAAUGGCGACUGACCCCAAGCAAAUCAGAAGAGGAGGAGAGUGAAGAAAUUCGUAAGAUUAAGAAGGUCCAGAGUUUUUUCCGAGGCUGGCUCUGCAGACGAAGAUGGAAACAAAUCGUGGCAGAGUAUAUAAGUUCGCCCCAUGCCGAAAGCAUGCGGAAACGGAACAGUUUGGUUUUCCGAAUGGUCGAAUCUGAAGAGGAAUACGUGGAACAGCUACAGUUGAUGGUUUCCUGCUUCUUGAGGCCGUUCAAGAUGGCUGCCAGCUCACAGAAACCUCCCUGUACGCACGAUGAAGUCAAUUCCAUUUUCCUCAACAGCGAAACUGUGAUGUUCUUACAUCAGAUCUUUAUCAAGGGACUGACAGCGAGGAUGGAGAGCUGGCCGACCUUAGUUUUAGGAGAUCUCUUCGACAUGUUGCUGCCCAUGCUGACCAUCUAUCAGGAGUACGUGAGGAACCACCACUACAGCCUCCAGGUCCUGGCCGAGUGCAAGCAGAGGGAGAAGUUCGUGGCCAUUCUGAGGAGAUUGGAGGAGAAGUCCAGCCUGCAGGGGAGGACACUCGAGACGUUUCUUACUUACCCCAUGCAUCAGGUCCCUCGUUACAUAAUAACUCUUCAUGAGUUACUUGCUCACACACCGCACAAUCAUGUGGAAAGAAAAUCUCUUGAAAAUGCCAGAGCCAAACUAGAGGAAUUAUCUAGACAAAUGCACGAUGAAGUCAGCGAAACUGAAAAUAUUCGCAAAAACUUAGCUACAGAGAGAAUGAUUGCUGGUGGAUGCGAUAUUUUGCUGGAUGUAAACCAAGUUUUUGUCAGACAAGGUAGCGUCAUUCAAGUCUUGGGUGGAGAAAAAUCCAAGCUCCAGAGAGCCCGUAUGGGGAAACGGGAAACAGAGGUGGUUCGCCAAUGUUUCCUGUUUACCAAUCAUAUGCUGCUCUGCACUCGCUCAACCAAUGGAAAGUUGCAUCUUAUUGAGCAUAGGUCAAAAAGUGAUCAGAUAAGAUCUCUUUCGGACCAGGGUAUCGGCAAAAUUCCUCUCUCGGAUGCGACACUGAUUGAAGAUGUCACAGAACCCUUCCAAUUCACUGUUGAUGACUGUGGUUCGAUCAGUUCUGCUUCCAGUCAGUCGAGCGGUUUCAGCGAAGCGAGUGGAGCGGCCCCUAGCGGCACCAGCGGCCAAAAAGACUAUGGCGGCCUCGACUUUAAGAUCGUGGUGGAUUUCAAAAACGGGAGCCAAGCGACGAUCCACCUGGUUGCGCCCAGCAUGCAGGAGAAGGCUGCUUGGACCAGCGACAUCAGCCAGUGCAUAGACAAUGUUCACUUCAAUGACCUCUUCCACGGAACAAUGAGUGACUCAUCAUCUGUGACCAUGCCUCACUCCAUCAGGAAUGAUCCAAGAUUGUUCAAAGAUGAUGUGGACAUUCGCUUCAGCAGAACUUUGAAUUCCUGUAAAUUGCCGCAGAUCCGGUACGCCAGUCCCGAGCGCUUGUUCGAACGUUUGACGGACUUGCGAUUUCUGAGCAUCGACUUCCUGAACACUUUCCUGCUCACUUACAGAGUGUUCACAGAUGGCGUGACGGUUCUGGAAGCCCUGAAGAAAGUGCACUAUCAGCCAGAGGGACAGAUCAGCGCUUCACUGCAGGACGCAGGGUCCGGAGACAUCGUUGCAGGAGAAGGUAUCCCGGGUGAUUUAGGACACGUUGCAGCUGACUACGACUACUCCCGCCGUAUCAGCACAGUGAGCACGAUAUCAGAUAUGGGAGAGUCCAGAGACCACGCCGAUUCCUCCCUGUCCCAAAUACAGGCGGCGCAGCAGAUGCUGGUUACCAGAAGUCAGCAGCAUUGGAGGCUCAGUCACAGGAAAUUCGAAGAAGAGCAAUUACGGGAGCAGGCAAUGAGGAGAAUGCGGGAAAACCUGCCAAAAUCUCCCAGUCCUGAACCGAUGAGUGUUCCAGUUCCGCCGCCACCGACUCCAGAACCAGCCACCGUGACUGAAGAACCCUUCAUACCCAUCACGCAACCCUCGCCCGAACCUAAAAGAUCUGAAAAAACCGCAUUGGAGAUGACCAGCUCCUUGCCGGAUGAUCCGAGCAAGCUGAACAUUCCCAGCAAGAAGGUGGCCCCUUCUCAUUCUGCGGACACCCUCACCUCUCAGUCCAGCAAUCCCAGCACACCCACCAACCUCAGUACUACCGCCAGCACGGUAACACUGGUGGGUAGCCUCGGAAGCUCGGAUUCUCCAAAGCCAAGUCCAAGCAGGAAAACCGCUCCUCAACAAUUGCCAGUGGCGGCACCCAAAGAACCCAUGGCCCCCAUAGCUGUACCUGACGAGACACCACCACCCACACCACCAGCCUCUUCCACCACCACGCCACUGACGCCACCCACACCACCCUUUACUGGAACACAGCCCAGAAUCCUUCCAGAAAAACAGCAGCAGGAACUUCACCAGCAGGCCGUAGCCAUGCUUCAGAAGCAGCUUAAGCAGCAGCCGCAAGCAACGGCUACCAUUUCCACCGGCCCCGAGGACAGCGGCCGCAGUUCCAUGUCAGGACCUUCCAUGGCGAUAGGACCUGGAGGAGUUCCCAUGCACCCAAGCCAAUCAGUGCCAAAUGUGAUGGCUUAUCUGAAAGUCAGAGGAGCCGGUUCCAAACGAGGCAGUAGUGACACAGAAGGCAGCACCAGUCAGUCGACCACUCCAAGAAGCAGCAUUCAGACUGAAUCGACUAUUCUCUCAACCCCUCGAAGCAGCUUCCAGUACCCUGACUCACCCCAGCACAGCAGUAAAGCUGGCGUGGUAGUCACUUCGUCCAGAGCAUCGACCAGAAGAUCCAGUACAGCUUCAGCAGCAGCGGCGUUUGCAGCUGCAACAGCAGGCUCGAGCAAUCCUCCAGAACCAAUAUCUCAGCCACAAUCAAGGGCAGGUAGCCGCUUACCUAGUGCAGUGGGCGCUGACUUAAAGAUUCCUAAUGCCAAAGCUAAAAGGGAGUCGAUGAUUACAACCGCUGCUACCAUGAGAGUGCUCAACGUGUUGCGGCACUGGGUUUCUAAACAUUCUCAGGAUUUUGACAAUGACCCGAAGCUUCUCCAGAUGACUACGGAAUUCCUUGAAGAGCUUCUCCACAACAACACUCUGCUUCCGGCAGAGACAAAAGCCGCUUCACAGCUGCUCCAGAUGAUCUCGAAGCCGGACCAAGAGAAACAGACUGUGGACUUGGACUUGCUCCUGGCGACGCCUAUGACUGCAAGCAAAGAAACCAUUGAGUCCCUGUCAGCGCUUGAAAUCGCCGAAGGAAUGACAUAUCUGGACCACAAAAUUUUUAUUUCCAUCCGUAGCGAAGAAUUUUUAGGUCAAGCUUGGAUGAAACCGGAAAAAGCAACCAAAGCGCCUAAUAUCUUACUGAUGACUCGGCGAUUCAAUGACGUGAGUCGUCUCGUGGUUUCUGAGAUUAUGCGAGCUCCCAUGAUGUCGACCCGCGUCUCCAUUAUAGAGAAAUGGGCCGCAGUGGCCGACAUCUGUCGAUGUCUGCACAAUUUUAAUGGCGUUCUGCAGAUAUGCGCCGCAUUUAUGAACAGUUCCGUCUUCAGGCUUAAGAAAACUUGGGAGAAGGUCUCCAAGACGACCAAACAAAGCAUUGACAAACUUCAAAAUCUAGUUUCAGCUGACGGAAGGUUUCGAAAUAUGCGUGAUGCACUUCAUAGGUGCGAUCCGCCGUGCAUUCCUUACCUCGGCAUGUACCUAACAGACCUGUCCUUCAUUGAAGAAGGCACUCCAAAUUUCACCGACGAGGGACUGCUCAAUUUUUCUAAGAUGAGGAUGAUUGCUCACGUUAUUCGAGAGAUUCGCCAUUUUCAACAAACACCAUACAAAAUAGAAAUGAGUCCAAAAGUGACCAACUACCUGCUGGAUCCCACUCGUCUCAUGCCUGAUGAAGAGCUUUACCAAACAUCUCUCUGUCUUGAACCGAGGCUCUCCCGAUUAAGCACAAAAAUAACAACGCCCGGUGCUGGUUUCAUGGGCUUCUCUUCAUCGUCGUCACCCACUUCCGGUGGCCAGAGUUCGCAAGGCUCGUGAUAAACUUUCGACACCGGUCCUGCGCAGUUGCAGGACUUUUGACAUAAAUACACAAGUGUCAAAAUACCCUUAAGAACUGCCUUUGUGUGUGAAACCAAAAGUGACAGCCAAUCAAAAACAGAUCUUGAAACCAAAUGCAGUGAACUCUUUUCAGCAAGAUGAACAAAAUAUCGCAACAUUUUUCGAGAGACGUAACUCAUUUUUUUUUUUUUUGUGUGUGUGUGUGUGUGUGAACUCUACUGAAGGUGGCAUGACAAACUCUUGCUAAUUUAAAAUAUGUAUGAAGCGGAUAGGAUGUCACAAGAUAAAACAAUUCCAUAUGUUGUUGUUUUUUUUUUUGUGCUAUUUAAUUGUACGGAAAUUCCUCGAAAUAAAUUCCAUUGCAGUUUAAUUUUUGUGCCCUUUGCAAGUCCCCCUAUCAAAAAAAUUAAUUUCCAAUUGAUUUUUUUUUAAUGGACAUUUUGCAAGAGUAUUAGUUUCCGUGUUACCCGAGGGAAGCCAAUGACUGCCAUCUUCGAGAUAAUUCUUCACAACUCGUCUUAAAUGUUCCUCGGUUUGAAGGAAAAUGUAUAAGGUAUGAAAAAUUCUUUGAUCCCAGUUAAAAGUAAUUUGUAUAUUUAAAAUCACCCUCCUUCCCAAUAUGUGUUAUUCAACACGUAAGAGUAGAAAAUUGUUCUAUUCCUUCUUAUAUCUAAAAUUUAAGUUGCAAUGUGAAGUGAAUGAGAUGAAGCGAUUAAAAUGUUGUGUGUAUUAAAUAUAUAUUCUUAUCUGUGCAAAUAUUCUUGAGAAUUUUGAAGGCACUGAAAGUAAUUUAAACAUUUUUUUUCACUUUUUAAAAUUGCGU